GUAAUAAGCUAUUUCCUUUUUGUUGAACGAAAUUGAAAGUUGAAUGUUACAAAAACAACGACUUGCACGAGUCAGAAUCGAUUUUGUAAAGUUCAAUUUUUGUUUUGAUGGAAGAGCUAAGGCGAUUGGAGAAGUUUCAGAGCGUUGUAUCAGCCGUCACUUCUCACGGUUUACUUUCUUCUUCUUCUUCUUCUUCAGCCUCCGAUUCAACUUCUUCUCGCUUCCUCUCCAAUCUCGUCCUUUUCCUGGCACAACCAUGUGGCGAACUCGAUGUUGAUUCGAAACUGGCUCUAGUCUCUGAAUUCCUCCCAAAAAUCUCAGGACCUUUCCUAGAAGAGAUAUCCAAGUCACUUGAGCGAGACGAUGAAGCUAAACCAGUCAAAACAAGCUCUUGUUCUACAGAGUCCCCAAAGAGUAAUGUGAAGAGAAGUGUCAUGGACAAUGCUGAUCUUUACACAUCACAGAAACACCAACAAGUCGUGGCAAUGGUCGGGCUAGAUGCAAUGAAAAGAGCAAACUCUACACUUGAGGAUUUCUCCAGGUCUUAUUUCAUGUUCCAUCGGUUGGAUAUUAACGAACCACAGUCAAUAUUCAGAUUUUUACCCGUACUUUCAUUCACAGAGAGUUACAUAUAUCAGAUUGAUGCUCUUAAUGAGAAGAUAGUCAAUGAAUCAGCUUGUGCAUCCCAAGUCACUUGUUCAAGUCAUGGAUGGAAUGCUGAAUCACGAGUUUUGAUUGAAGCAAAUCCACUAAAGCCGCUUGAAGAUCUGCUUGAGCGUGAGGGUCUUUUGACAGAAAGAAUACAGCAAGAGUUUAAGUCGGGUGAGGAGUAUUGGGCGUUAGAAAGAAAGCUUUGUCAUGCUCUGUCAAAAAAAAACAAGAUCUGUCUUGAAGAUGUGAUGAGAGCAAUCCAUUUGAAGUCUUUUGACUACAGGGUGUUGAAUCUUCUAUUAUACAAGUUGAGAGGAGAAGGGGUGAAUGAGCUGCAUAUGGACUUCUUGUCAAUUUCAGAAUUCCUGGUGGAAGUAGCAGAUGAUCUGUUCGAUUACGAGGACGAUGUGCUUGAGAACAGUUUCAAUGUAUUACGUAUGUUUGUGGGAAUAUUCGGCUCAGCGAAUGCCCCCACUGAACUGGCAAAGCGGAUAUCUGAAGCUGAAGAGAAGUAUGAAGAGAUAAUGAAAUCACUGGAUCCACAUUUGUCUUCAAAUUACCAAAGAAGAUGCGAAGAUGCUACUAGAGAAGGUGGGAAAACAUCUGGUCAUCCGAUGGGAACAUGGAACAUUCCGGCGGUUAUCUCAGACGAAGAAGCAUACCGAGCUGCAGCUCAACGGUAAAACCAAACCGGGAUUUAGUUAAUGUCUUAUACCGGAUUAAACCGGAAUUUUUAAUUAUUGUUGUAUCCUUGGCCGAGACAAGAAUAAGUGACGAAACACCAUUAGACCGUAGGAUAUAUAGUUCUGAUCACAUCUGAGCCGUUGAAAAGGACAAAUAGAGUAGAAGACUUGGGACCGACAUAAUCAAAAAGAGACAAAACCCCUUGACUCUCCUUUUUUUUUUUUGACUACUGCCAUUGACUCUUUUAUAAUUAAACCCAUAACUAAUAUUUCCAGUGUUUUUUAAUUAUUUUUCCGGCGACCUCGUUGUCUUACUGUGAAAGUCUUCUCUUUCUGAAAAUUUAUAUAUUUUUCUAA